CCAUCUUCUCCCAGGAGUGAGUCAUGUAAAAAUCAGCAAAUUCACACAAGAAGGCUUGAGUAAUUUCAUCAUGGGGAAUACUUUGACAACACAUCAAAAAGAAAUAAAAUUUUUCAAAAAUAACAACCACUUCACCAGUCGAUGUCACAAUGUCCAUUGUACACAACUGCACUUCGACAACCUGGACUUAUGGGGUUUAAAUAACAAUGCAUUAAAUAGGCCUGACAUAUGUGAAAAACACCCAGAUAAGAAGUAUGUACACUGGUGUGUGACAUGUGAUCUCCCUUUCUGUUCAGCUUGUUUGAAACAUAGGCGACAUGACACCAAAAGUAUCAAAUCAAUUUUUAAAACUCGAAGACAACAAAGCAGAGAAAUAUUUGCAAAUGUUAAAAAAAAGUUAAUCCCCAGCAGUUGCACUAUCCUGGAAACAAUCAAUUCUGAUGUUGGAAUUUGCCGAAGAGAAACUCUAGGCAUUGAGUUAAAUAUGAUGAUAAGCAUGAAGUACAAAGUUCAGAAAUUGAAGUACAAAAUGGAUUUAGUUCAUCAUGAGGAAAUAUGUAAAUGUAUAUCGUAUUUGAUCCCCAAACUACAUGAACAAAAGGAAAUCCUCAAAAGACAUAUUUCUGCAGUACAGAAGUAUGAACAUAAAUUUGAGCACUUAACAAAAAGACCAGUUCAGUUCCUAUUAUUUAUAAAGAGAACGCCCGUUCCCCCAAAAAGGAACGUCUUUGACACUGUGAUAUCUUACCCUACUGAAGACAUCAAUCUAGAUAAUGUGACAGGGUUAGUUGGAGACAUUGAAAUUAAUGAGACUAAAAGAAAAGGAGUAAUGAGAAUUGAACAACUGCGGAAAAUGGUAUCCACAGCUGAAAUCAAGCUAUACAUAACAGUUACAGGUGUCGUUGAGUGUAAUCACAUUUCUAGAGUAACACCACAAAUGGUCUGGGUCAGUGAUAAACAAAAUCUCAUUUUGACAGAUCAAACAGGCGGCGCUUUACAUCGCCUCAGAGAAAUAAACAGUGUGUGGGGAGUGCAUUCAGUGAAUAUUACAGGAGAGCUCAUAUAUAUAGACAAGGAUUAUAACAUAAACAAGCUCUCUACGGACAAAAGAAUAAAAAUUAGACUAAUAUCGAAAACAGAACCAUGGGAUCCAGUAUGCGUAUAUUGUUCCCGCCUCAAUGGAGAUCUUCUGGUUGGGAUGGGAAAAUAUGAUAAAAAUUCUGGUAAAUACACAGAGGCCAAGGUAACAAGGUACAAUAGCGACGGUCAGUUAGUCCAGAACAUCAAACACAGCAAAACAGGGGAGGACUUAUACGCCUUUCCAAUGUACAUCACAGAAAACAAAAAUGGCGAUGUCAUUGUUUCUGACUAUUACCUUGGUGUUGUAGUGACAGACCGUCGAGGAAAAUAUCGCUUCUCAUACAGAGGACCUCCAUCCUGGCCACUCUUUAUACCACGUGGGAUCUGUACAGACGCGAAUUCUAAUAUCUUAGUUUGUGAUACCGGCCUUGACAUAGUUCACAUGAUUGACAAGGAUGGUCAUAUCCUUUCACUGCCAGAGGCACACGCGCACCAACAAAGAAUUAAAGAGUCCCGGAGCCUGAGUUAUGAUGAUAAAACUCAAAUUCUAUUGAUUGGGUCAUACAGCAAAAACAGAAUAUAUGCUUGUAGGCUCCUAAAGUGGCCAGACAAUUGCAUAGAUACGUUUAACUGCACUCCUUUACCAGGCGUUUUCUCGAAAGAUUGAUAUGGAUUCGAUGAGAAUGAACAGAGAUGUAGAUUCUUGUAUAUUGAAUUUUUACUAUUAAAUAUCUAUGAUAACAUGAAUAUAAUAUCACAAUACCAUUGCACUAAGAUAAAAAUGCCUAGUACGAUAUAUGACAAAGUAGAAGUAUCGUUUUGGAUCCUGUUGAUCUUAGUGAUGUCUUAUUCUGUCCAAUAAUUAAAAAAUACUUAAGUCCCAUGUUGAUAAACGUUAUGUACUGGUCACAGGCACUCACAUGCUGGUUCAUGAUCAUUAUAAAAUCAGAAUGUAAAUCAUUUGAUACUUUUUUAUCAUUAUUUUUUGUAAAUAUUACUUUUGAAACAUUUUUCUCAUUAUAAAAUAUUUCUCAUUAUCUAAUAUUUAUCAUAUGAACACGAGCAUAUUGUGUUACAAUUUGCUAUCAUAUUUAUGGACAUAUAUAUUUGAAAAUUAUCUACAAUGUACAUUGCUAUUUAUCAAUAAUGAAUU